AUGUUAAACAAACUGAUCAAGAAACAAGUCAAGGACACUACUGGAAAAAAUUGGUUUGAUAUGCCUGCUCAAACCAUGACACCGGAGUUGAAAAAAGAUCUACAGCUUCUGAAGUUGAGGGGUGCCCUAGAUCCGAAGAGGCACUAUAAGAAGGGUGAUUCUAAAUCCAAAACACUGCCCAAGUAUUUCCAGGUGGGCACUGUGAUAGAGUCGGCAACGGAGUUUUUCUCUGGUAGACUUACUAGAAAGGAGAGAAAGGCAACCCUUGCUGAUGAGCUGCUUGCUGAUAGUACCCUUGGUGAUUAUAGAAAACGCAAGGUUCGAGAGAUUGAAGAGGCAAACCGGCCUGCUGGGGUGGACAAGUGGAAGAGAAGCAAGUCAAAGAAGCAUGCGAAGGGCAGGAAAAAGGUGUAA